CCAAAAAAUUUACCAGUAUUGCAAAAUUCAAUUCCUCACCUUAAUAACUCGAGGAUCCUACCGAACACAUACUACUAUACUAGUCUUUUAAAAAAAAAUUGAGAAAUAAUUUAGUUCGUUAAAGCUUCCUUUCCAGUUUUAAGAUUUUUCGGGAUCAAUUCUCAUCACCUGUUGGCACGCAAAUCAAAGCACAAAAUCCAAUAAAACGACGUCGUUUCAAGCUCCCUCAAAGGCCCCAAUCAAUCGGUCAAUAGAACCCAAAAUCAUACACUCUAAAACGACAUCGUCUCUUUUCUGAACAAUCUCUAAUCCAAAGGAAACUCCAUCAUCUUCAAUGGCAGCAAAACCUUCGAAAGAUGGAGACUUCCUGAAGCAUCUAGAAGCUUACUUAGCAAAACGCGAUGGAGUCGACAAACUCCUCAAGAUAUCGCGAUACGCUUCCAAAUUCAUCAUCUCUUCUUCACUCCUCCCCCACGCGCACCCCCUCACGCGCCGCCUCAAGUCGUUUGAAUCCUCCGUUGGUCUCAGCCGAAAAGCCUUUCGCCUCGGAAAAUUCAUCCAAGACGUCAACGCGCUACGCUCGGUGGCGCGUGAGAAAAAUCAGAGCCGUCAAUUUCUUCUACUCUCUCUCCUCGCGUACGGUGGAGAAGGAAUCUACUACUUCGUCGAACAAAUCGUGUGGUUGUCGAAAUCUGGUUUGAUUGACGCGCGUCACGCGCGUGAGCUGCAGAAGGUAAGCGCGUGGGCGGAGUUUGUCGGGUAUAUUGGGAGUAUUACGUUGAAGGUAGGAGAUUUGAAGGAAUUGGAUGAGAAAUUGAAGUGUUUGAAUUCGAGUGUUGAGAUUGCGGAUGUAAGAGAUGAGAAUUGUGAAGAGGAGAGAGAAAAAUUGAAGGUUUUGAGGUUGAAGAUGAUGAUGAAGAAGAUGUCGAUUUUGCAGGAUUUUGCUGAUGGAUUAAUGGCGUUGGCCGAUAUUCGGGAUGGUAAAGGAAAGAUUUUUACUCCGUUUGUUCUUUCUUGUGCUGGAUUGUUGUCUGCUUUGAUUAGUACCCACAAAAAUUGGGUUUCUUAUUGAUUUAUUUAUGUUAAUUUAUUGAUUUUUUAGGGUUGAAUUGGUGGAAAAUUGAUUAAUAUUACAGUAAUAAUCUUGUAUUUGUGUAAUAAUACUGAAAUCUGGAAAUUGAAUUGAAUACAAAAAUUAUUUGCAAUUUUUGUGCAAUGUCUUUUAGCAAGUAGGAAAUGUAGACGGGAUUCGAUCCCAGUUGAUAUCGGCUUGUGCAAUGUCUUUGUAUUUGGGUGUUUAAGGAACCAGAAGGCAAUAUAUGAGAGCUGGUUGAUGUUUGUAUACAA